GGUAGCUACGUAAUCACUUAACAGAUUAAUGGAUAAAAAAACUAACGGACGUAUUAUUUUGAAAUAAAAUGGUACCUAUGAAAGUAAAAUAUUUUAAAGAUAUUGUAUAAGUUUGGGUAAGAUCUCAAACCUCAGGAUUACUGUGUAAUUUACCUCAAAAAAAAAUUAAAAGGAAAACGGAACAACCUAGCACCAAGCAGCCAUCGAAGCCUUCCCGCAGGCCCGUGUCCCACCCCCCUCAGCCACUCAACGAUCCAUUCCUCAGCCACCCCACACCUGUAGGCGGUCAUCGCACUCCUUGUCGCCGGAAAAAUAACCUUCUCUUUAUCUCUUUCUUUAUCUGUUGGCUUGACUCUUUCUUCCCCUCCUGAUCCGACUAGAGAGAGAACAAAACCCUAAAGUCCCAAAUUCGAUUCAGUUCAAUUCAGUUCGUUUCCAAUUCAAUUAGCAGUGGUUUGGGGCCAGAUGAUCAAGGCGAUGACAAGCGUCAGCAGAACAAAAGCCGGCGCGGCUGCGAUUAAAUCAUCGACGUACAAGCGAUGGGGGCGGAGACACCCGUUUAUCCGAUACGGCCUUCCGAUGAUCUCGCUCACCGUGUGCGGCGCGGUGGGGCUCGGUCACAUGAUACAAGGAAGCAAGGACAUCGCGAAGGUGAAGGACGAUCAGGAGUGGGAGAUAAUCGAGACCCGAAAAGCACUUUCCAGAACGGGGCCCGUUGACGCCUACAAGCCGAAGAACACAUCGCUCGAGGAAGAGCUCAAGGUUUUGCAGCAGAAAGUGGACAUUAACAAGUACGAUUACAAGCCGAUUCCUCGCCCAAGUGAAGGAAAAUGAUAAUUCAGCCUCAAUGCAAUGCAUUAACUUGUGGUUUUGUUGUUUAUGUGCUUGGAGGGAAUUAGUUCAAGUUUUUGGGCUCAAUCAAUAAGCAAUUAACAGUUUAACACCAUGUUUGAUG